GACUUGACUUUAAGCGUCAAAACAUAUUAUAACUUAUAUUAAUAUUGAUAUGAAAUUUAGUGCUAAUAUUAUAUUGAAAUCAAUGAUUGAAUAAAACGAAACCCAUGUGUGAUAUGUCUAACCAAACACUCAAAGAAGUGCUUUACGAGAAUCUGUUGGCCAUUCUGUCGGCCGAUAAGGACAUCCGUAUCAAUGCUGAACAACAAUUCAAACUAUUGGAGACCAACGAUGAGUUUGGACUUCAUUUGAUUGAAAUAUCACUCAGCGAUGCUAUUAGUCUUUCCGUACGACAAUUAUCUGCUGUACUUCUUAAACAAUACAUUGAUAGCCAUUGGACGGCAAACAGUGAUAAACACAUUCCUCCGGUUGUGUCCAAUGAGAUAAAGACCACAAUAAGAAAUAUUUUACUUAAAUGUCUGGCAAACAAAUUGAGCCAAACUUCAGACGACAAGAAGUUGCGGUCAUCGCUGGCUUACGCAGUCUCUACAAUAGCUCACUACGAUUGGCCCGAGGAAUGGCCUAAUUUGGGUGAAGUUUUAAUCAGUUAUCUUUCAUCCGGUGAUAGUAUAGCAGUUCACAGUGCGAUGAAAGUGUUUGUUGAAUUGAGUCACGAAGUCGUCGACUUUCAGAUUCCGUCGAUCGCACCGUUAUUAUUGCCAAAGAUGUAUGAAAUAUUUGUUUCUUCACAACAGUUCUCACUAAGAACUCGCGGUCGAGCCGUUCAGAUAUUUACAACUAUCGCUGAGACAAUCGCACAAAUGGGUGAUUUAGACAAAAAGGCAAUUCCCACUUAUUUGGGACCAAUAUUGCCACAAAUGACUGAAGCACUUGUCAAAGCAUUGGUUGUUCCCGAAGGCAGCCCUGAAAUCGAUGUCGGAAUCAAAAAAGAUAUCAUAAAUUCUUUGGCAAUAUUGUUGAGGAAUUGUCGCAAUGAAAUGCAGAAAUGGAUGCCACAGAUCUUAGAGCCAGUUUGGCACAGUCUGACCACUGCUGCAAAUAUCUACGUAAAGACUGUGAUUAAUGUCAAUAGUUUUGAAUACGAGAGCGAACACGAAGAGUAUGCAGAAGUAGUUGAUUCAGACGGUGAAGUACUUGGGUUCGAAAGUCUUGUGUUCGCAAUAUUUGAUUUCGUCGGUGUUGUCAUCGAAAGUCCAAAAUUUCGAAAACUUGUGAAACCAGUGAUGAGUGAACUCUUAUAUUAUGUCAUAACUUAUAUGCAAAUCACUGACGAACAGGCAGUUGUAUGGAUCGACAAUCCGGAUCAGUUCAUUGAAGAUGAAGACGAUGACUCUUAUUCCUAUUCUAUUCGUACGUCAGCAUUGGAUUUAAUUCUAUCGAUUGCUCAAGAAUUUGAUGGCCACGAGUCGUCUAAAAAGAUGGAAGAAUUCAAGGCUUCAUUUGUUACUGCAAUUAACAGACAUUAUAAUGAAUCAACAGAAUUGUCUAAACAGCAAACGCCAUACUCUAGGGUUUGGUGGAAAAUACAAGAGUCAUGCCUAUUAGCACUGGGAUCUAUUGCUCCUACUAUUAUAGAAACAAUUCAAAGUGGUUCCCGAUUAGCCAAUGGUUUCAAUGCUAUUUUAGAAACCGUUUUUCGAAGUCCUCACGAUGUCUCACCAUUCUUGUCCGGCCGUUCUCUAUGGACUGCUUCAAGAUUUGCAGAGAUAAUGAAUAUCGAGACUUUGAAUUCAUUUCUUCAGUCAACUGCAAACAGUUUGAUGGCUGAGUCGCCUGUAAUCCGGAUUUCAGCAGCAAAGGCCACAUUUGUUGUAUGCGAUCACAUAAAGUCCACAAAUAAGACGUCACUUAUUAAGCCUUAUUUAGGAUUAAUGUUCGAUGGAUUGUUGGCUUUUGGCACCCGAUAUAGUACCGAAGUUUUAUCACUUGUUUUAGAAACUGUUUGUAUAUUAAUAUCAAUUGAUAAAGAGUUUACCGCUAGUAUUGAGAAUAAAGUGGCGCCGUUAGCCAUUGCAACGUUUCUCAAGUGUUCAUCUGAUCAGCUGUUGAUAGCCUGUGCUCAAGAUGUAUUUGCUGAACUGUGCAAGAAUGAGCAAUGUAUUGUGCCAUUACAACAACGACUGGUGCCAACAUUAGUAUCAAUACUUCAGGGACCGCAUGGAAAUGAAACGGUAUUGGCAUUACAGCCGACAUCCAUUGAAAUAUUAUUGACAAUUGUCCGCAACUCUCCAAUACCAUUGUCCGAAGCGCUGAUAGAUCGCGCUUUUCCAGCACUUAUAGCCUGUAUUUUAAAUUCUGAUGACUCUCCAACUCUUCAAAACGGCGGCGAAUGUGUCCGCGCAUUUGUUGUUAAAUCAGUGGAUCAGGUGUUUGCCUUUAAAGUCGAGUCAGACAAUCAAAACGGAUUAUCACUUGUUUUAAAGGUCUGUCACCAUCUAUUGGAUCCACGAAAGAAUGAGUCGUGUUCUGCAUUUGUGGGUCGAUUGGUGACAGUUUUAAUAACUCGUGCGAAUCAAUACAUCGGACGCGAGAACUCACAUCUUUUACUGCGCGCAGUAUUAGUGAAACUACAUAUCGCUGAAGCACUUUCUGUAGUCGAGAGUCUGAUUCUUGUUUUCGCUCAUUUAAUAUAUUAUGAUUUGCCAGCAAUUCUCGAGUUUCUGUCCUCAUUGCCGGCGCCAACCGGUAGUCAAUCUGCUUUAGAAUUUGUUUUAAUAAAUUGGUUGAAUAGACAGCACCUGUUUUUUGGUAGUUAUGAAAACAAAGUUUCAAUACUAGCUCUUUGCAAACUAUUGCAGCACUCAAUACUACAUCAAACACAAGACUCAAAUUUAAACCUCAAUUACAUGACAGUUCCCGGUGAUGCCAUAUUAUCUGACUCAACAUCACCGGGUGUCAAGACUCGCUCUAAGACAGCUAACACAACUGUCCAGUGGUCAGUUGUUCCGUGUUCUGUCAAAAUUCUAAAACUUUUAAUUGCUGAACUCAAGAAUAUCGAAGAACAGAAACAAAUUCAAACAGACAGUGAUGACGACGAUGAAGAAGAUGAUGAUCUCAGCGGUAGUGAUGCCUUAAAGAAUGGUAUCUCUGCUUCAAAGCUAAAUUCAAAUGAUAUCGGAAUUAUUGAUGAAGUUUGGGCUGAAGGCGAGGGAGAUAUUAAUGAAGACGAUAUCCUCAAUGAAGAGAUCGGUAAACUUGAUUUAGAACAAUACUUGACUAAUGUUUUGCGUGAAUUCAAGAGUUUGCCAUUUCUUAAUGAUUUUGCCGCACAUCUCACUGACAAUGAAAAGAUUAUUUUAAAUAAAAUUUGAAUCAAUUUUUUUUAUUUUUUUUUCAAGUCAUUUGUUUU